UUUGGACGAUGUUCUCAGUCAGCGUCUGCAGUUGGAGCGAGCACGGCUGUGGUUCCCCCGCAGAGGUCAGAUGGACCUGAAGGGGUUCUGCGUGUGGAUGGGUUCUCUGCUCCUGAGCGCCUCACUCAUCAGGGGAGAGAGCUGUCCCUGUCCAGAAAUCCCCCCAAAGGAGGGAACCAAACCUCCACAGCAGGGCUGCUACAAAAACGGAAACAGGAUUCGCUACAACUGCACUGACGGUUAUUUGAGGAAAGCAGGAACAUCAGACCUCAUCAAAUGUCAACUAGUUGGAGAUUCCCUUCAGUGGACCUCCCCGUCUCUUCAAUGCAUACCUGAUCCCAGAAACCCCAAACCACCAACAACUACCCCAGUAAGAAUGACCACCAGUAUCCAGGCGGGCCGGACUGUCAGCGGGCCAGCUUCCUCUGUGGGGACCUCGACCACAACGACCAGGACUACAGCCGUCUUACAAAGUACAUGGCGGAGCAAUUUAACCAGCACCGAAGAAGAAGACCUGCUGACCAACAGCACCAGCAGUUCAGAGGAGCCGUGGCAGAACGCGACAUUGAGCACAGUGAGCCCCCACAAGAAGAACUCCACCACGUCGCCGAGCGGUGCCAGGAACGUCACCUCCUCACGUUCAUCUUCCCGGGCAGAUUCCAAAGCGAUAAACAUCACCGUGUCGGUGGCAGCCAUAGUCCUGACCCUCUCUCUGAUGGGCCUCAGCGUCCUGCUCCAUUCAAGGAGGUCCAGAAGGAACCGUGAGCUGGAGAAGCUGAACGUGGACCCAGUCGAGCACCUGGAGCUCAUGCCUAACCACUGACUCUGCAGCAUUCCUCUGUCUUCUGUUCUGAGGAACUUGGAUUCCUCUGGCAGCUCCAUCAUGAAGGUUCUAUGAAACGCUCGAUCCAUGAAGCCAACCCAUUCCACCAGAGAAGAACGAGAUCGACUGACCGAUUCUCAAUCUGGAUGCUGGGAUUGCAGAGUUUUCCGUGGUUCAUUCAAACAAGCAGCUUUUACUGGACAUCAAUGUGGUAUAACCAGGUUUCCCUUCGUUGAAGUGGAAUCUGUGUGUGUCCGUGUGUGUGAUGACUGCGAGGAGCCGUCAGGAUUUAUGAACUUGGCAGGAAAAGCACAUUCCUCUAGACGCUGGUUUGGACUCAUCGGUCACUCUGUGCUGAGAGCCGACUGGUUAACCGAAGCUGUUUGUGUCUGCUUGUCAUGUUGUGGUCGAUCCUGAGACAAAUUGAACACAAACACACAGACUUCUUUAACUUACAUUAUUCACUCAUUUAUCCUGUAAAACAUUUUUAUAUUGAUGUUUUUGAGCGUGUUAUAGAAGAAGCUUUGCAUGGUUUCUUUUGGAAAAUGUUUUCGGUAAAGCCGACUCUUGUGACAAACAUCUACGAUGCCUCCCUGUAACUGCCACUGCUUGACCAGUACGGGGGUCAGUCCUGGAUGGGUGCUGCAGGUUUUGGGUUGUCCGGUCCGAGACGGUCGUAGAAAAGAGCAGCUGCAUCUCAACAGGAGCGCCGGUGAGUCUUUGGCUCGUACGACCACCUUCAAGAACGGCGUGAAGAUAGAGCGUACCAUGUGUCGAGGGUGGGAAGUGUAUGGUGAAGUACACCGACCGCUAACUCUUCUGUGGUACACAACAGUCAAAAAUCUGUCUUGAUACAACUGUGGUUAACUGCAGACCUGCACUAUUGAUGGAUUCUUGGAGCAUUAUGGGUACUGUAGUUUGGUUCCUCCUGGGGGGAAUAUGAAUAAAUGAAGUCUGAUUUAUCAACA